GGUCCACCAAUAUCCCGGCUCCGGAACUCGAGUCAUUCAGCAUUCUUGCUUGGGUGCUUGAUUGCCACGAUUGCUUACUCGAGGUGCCUGGACUGUCUUUUGUCGUGCCUGGGGCCUUAGUUUGCGUGCCUGGCACCCUGGGUGGGCUUCGGCCAACGAGAUUACCCGGUGUCCCUCGGCGUUUCUUCCUCUUACUGCAACCUCAACUAAGUACUUACUAUUAUCAUCAUCAUCAUCGUAGUAGAUCGCUAUUCCAAUACGACAUACCGAGGAUUCCAUCUUCACCAUCAUCUCCAAGCCUCCAAUUCAAACUUGGAACGUUGAUCAUCAAUCAAUCCAGAUCGGACCGAAGUAACAUCGUCAUACUUUGGUGACCUUUUGACUUUAAGCCCUGGGGUCGCCUCGGUCCUCCGCAUUCGCACUCGACAACUUUCCCGCCUUCCAUUCCAAACAAAGUCCUUGGAUACUCCUUCCGCCUUCCGGGGAGACUACGGCGAGACUUCCUUCGCGCCUUCUUACUAUUCUCUGACUCCCGCCACUUCUCUUCUUACCUGCGACCGACACUUAUCAGUCUCAUUGCAAGAAGACCACAUCUACUCUCUCCGAUUCAUCAUUCGCCUCUUCACUCCUCUUCUAAUCUUACGACGGCUGCAUUCAGACCAAAUUCCUCUUCAACCUCCACCUCCUCCACCAACGACCCUCUACAAACGCCGGCCCUUGCCCUUCAAAGUAGCCGCCCGCUCAGCGGCUACAUUUUGAAACCACCUCGAUACAAUUGAGCAACUCCUGGUCUCAAGCACAAAAUGAGCAACUACCCCAGGAGAAGUGCUCGACUUUCUCCUCAAUCACAACUCCAAAAUCAUUUCCACCAAGCCUCGAACAGUCUCUCCUCAUCAGCCUUUCCUCACAGCUACUCCCACUCUCAGUCCUCAAGUACCUCGACGACUUCACAUCCCAGCCCAAUCAGUGACAACCUCCAACCACCCCCUCCUCCUCCCACACCCCAACAACACCAGCUCGGUAUUCACCUGCAAUCACACCUAAUGCCUCAAAAUCACCAACAUCCCCAUAUGAAUGCGCCCCUGCCGUCUCCAUCUGCCAUGGACGCAGAGCCAUUCUUUGGUCGGCAAAAUGGUCAAACGCAAACUUUCAAUGUGCAGCCUCUACAAUCAGGCUAUCCUGCCCAACAGCGCCAGCAGACAUACAACGACCAGCAGCAACAAUUCGAUCAAACGAGCCAGCAGCAACAACAUCAUCACCAUCAUCAACUACAUCCUCACACCAACUCAUUCUCGCACGAGGCUCCAGCGCAUGCCUACCAGUCUAUUCCAGGCCAAUUACCUCCCGACUUCCUAGCCGAGGCUGCAAAGCGCGCUCAAAUGGCCUGUCUGAUGCGAGAUCUUGGAGAUGUGUCUCUUUGACGAUACAAUAUCUCUUCUACAUCAAGCUAUCUACAAGCCUAUGUCCAUUUCGUGAUUGUUGCCAUGGCCGGUCCAUGGCCGGUCCAUACCCGAUUUCUGGCGGUGACUAUUCCACGGGAUUACACCAUUGAGAUGAUGGGUGCAUUUGCCGAGGCCACCCGCUCAGCACAUGUGAUCGGGGAUCCACCAUAGUGUCUCGACUUGGCCUGAAUAUUGAGUUUCACCAGGGAAAACUCGGCUGCAAUCAAAAGUUCUAUGCGCAGCUCAGUACGCUCAGCUCUUGAACCCACCAAACACUCCUACCCCACGGACUCUAUCCCGAAGACUGGUUCCGACACCCGUGGACUGACUGUACCCGGUGUUCGACACCCCGAGAACAAGUCGUCACACAGCCAACGCACUGGCCUAUACCCGGGGCUUACAACCCCGAGCUCAUUUACUCAAACGGGUGUCCGGGGCUAUCGGCGGAAUUGCCAAUCACCAUUAUCUUCACUCUACAUGCGUUCACAAACUCCACUCGAAUCUGACAUGAAUCAGACAUUCUCACUACUUUGCUCUUCAACACUGUGGUAGACAGAUACCCCCUUUUUCAAUUUUUAUUUGCGCACCGGAAUACAACUAAUACAUGAGGUUUUCCUGCUUUUCAUUGUGAGAAUGUUGAGGUUAAUGCCUUCGAAACGGACUUAAGUCGGCUUUGGACCCCGGCUCCUUUUUGAUGAUUAUCUUGGCUUUCAGAUCUGCAUCCACCUUGGAUUUUUCUAUGAGGACGAAUCAAUAAUCGGAGUUGUUUCGCGAGGGAUUUUGUUUUUUACGAUGGGUCAUUUUGCGAGGGGUUGAGGGACAUGGCUUUCUUUCGUCGACAAUCAUUUGAAGGCGCAUUAAACGAUGGAGUUGUUUUACUUUUCAUCCAGUGGUGAUUUGGAAGAUAUUGGACAUUAGAUGGCCAAGACCGAUCGAUCAGGUUCACGACUCUACAGACUGCUACGAUAUGAUAGUGAUGAUGAAAUUCCACCUUCAAACAGGGAAUCUUGUUCUAGUUGAUCGAUUAUCUGACAGCUUUAUUUGACUCGCUCUAGAAGACU